AUGGCGGAGAGCGAGGCCGAGACCCCCAGCACGCCGGGCGAGUUCGAGAGCAAGUACUUCGAGUUCCACGGCGUGCGGCUACCGCCCUUCUGCCGCGGGAAGAUGGAGGAGAUCGCCAACUUCCCGGUGCGGCCCAGCGACGUGUGGAUCGUCACCUACCCCAAGUCCGGCACCAGCUUGCUGCAGGAGGUGGUCUAUUUGGUGAGCCAGGGGGCCGACCCUGACGAGAUUGGCUUGAUGAACAUCGACGAGCAGCUCCCGGUCCUGGAGUACCCGCAGCCGGGCCUGGACAUCAUCAAGGAACUGACGUCCCCCCGCCUCAUCAAGAGCCACCUCCCCUACCGCUUCCUGCCCUCAGACCUCCACAGCGGCGACUCCAAGGUCAUAUACAUGGCCCGGAACCCCAAGGACCUGGUGGUGUCCUAUUACCAGUUCCACCGCUCCCUGCGGACCAUGAGCUACCGAGGCACGUUCCAGGAGUUUUGCCGGAGGUUCAUGAACGACAAGCUGGGCUACGGCUCCUGGUUUGAGCACGUGCAGGAGUUCUGGGAGCACCGUAUGGACUCGAACGUGCUUUUCCUCAAGUACGAAGACAUGCACCGGGACCUGGUGGCGAUGGUGGAGCAGCUGGCCCGGUUCCUGGGGGUGCCGUGUGACAAGGCGCAGCUGGAGUCCCUGACCGAGCACUGCCGCCAGCUGGUGGACCAGUGCUGCGACGCCGAGGCCCUGCCUGUGGGCCGGGGAAGAGUCGGGCUGUGGAAGGACAUCUUCACUGUCUCCAUGAACGAGAAGUUUGAUUUGGUGUAUAAACAGAAGAUGGGAAAGUGUGACGUCAUGUUCGACUUUUACUUAUAAUAACAGCAACAGCAAACUUGCAUGCUCACAGUACCCAGACACUAAUAGCUCAAAGUCCCGUUUGCACUCAUUUGUUACUUGCUGGACAAACUCUGGAAGCGGUGUAAGACACGGUGCAGAAAUGGAGGAAGUGGGGUUAUUUCCGAUCCAGAGCAGCUGUCUCACCUUUGGAAUUUGAAGUCUACAUGUCUGAUUACAA